CGUCAUUCGCGCUUGGUGCAGAGAACUCUCGCCGGUUGCAAGCGAUGUUUCAGCCACCCAGUGAAAAGAAAACAACCCCUGUCACACAACAAUCUCCAUACAGCUUUCUUGCAUUAUCAUACAUCUGCAGAUCACGAUGACAUCCUCUUCCUUGCACAACUAUAUUUUGGGUUCAAAACACUUCAACAUCUUGGAGAACUUGUGUGGCCUGACGCACCUCACAUUCAAUCCUACAACAUUGUCCCUAUGUGUCACACUGUGGACGUCGAGGACAACUGUGUAUCAUACAUUCUACCUGUGUCCAAGACAGAUAAGUUUGGACAUGGUAGUCAGGUGCUCGUGCAAUGCACAUCAUAUGAAGACAAUUGCAUGGAGAUUUUCUUGAAUUACCUGAUGUCUCGCGACACAGUGUUCCCUCAUCACCUGGAACUGUGGCUGCGCGCAAACAGCCUAAUUCUGACUUGUUCUUGGUUUACAACACAUUUCCAGCACAUCUUUGCAAAUUGUGGUUUCAGUGGGCACUCCAUACAAGCCGGUGGAGCAACAGCUCUCGUGCUUGUGGGGGUCUCUCCAGACAUAAUUCAA